UUUUCCCGCCAUCAAGUGGAAGCAAAAGGAGUAAUCGCAAUCGAAUUGUACUCGUAAGCAUAGAAAAUGGAAGCGAAGGAAGGAACGCCAAAAUUCCCAGGGUUUCCUUUCGAACCCUAUUCGAUUCAGAUUGAUUUCAUGAACAGCUUGUAUGAGUCUCUCAAUCAAGGUGGCGUGUCUAUGUUAGAAAGCCCAACUGGGACUGGGAAGACCAUGAGUGUGAUUUGCAGUGCCUUGCAAUGGGUGCUUGAUCGGAGGCUACAACAGGACGAAGCAGCGUGUGGUGAGGAUAGAGGGAAUGGCGGUGACGGUGGGGUAGGUUCGGAUGAUGAACCUGAUUGGAUGAGGGACUUCGUCAUCGACAAAGAGGAGAAGAAGAAGGAAGAGAAAUGUGGGUCUGUGUGGGGAAAGCCUCAUAGUAAGAAGAAGAGCAAGGAAAUUCCUAAGGAUUUUAGGGUUAUGGGCGUUGGAGAGGAAAAGGGUCGUGAGAGUUUGCAAAAGAAAAUUGAUGCAGUGGAAAUUGGUGAUAAGGAGUUUUUGCUAGAGGAAUAUGAGAGUGAAGAUGAGAAAGGCUUAGGGAGUGUGGUGUCCAAGAGGAAGGCUGUUAAAACUUCUUUUAGUUCCUCUAGCGAAGAUGAGUCUGGUGAGGAAGAAGAGGAAGAGGAGAAGAAGUUGAAGGUGUAUUUUUGUAGUAGAACUCAUUCACAGCUUUCACAGUUCAUAAAAGAAUUGCGGAGGACAGUUUUUGCCAACGAGAUGAAUGUUGUGAGUUUAGGUUCGAGGAAAAAUCUUUGCAUUAAUGAAGAAGUAGUUGCACUUGGAAACUCCACGCGCAUAAAUGAGCGAUGCUUGGAACUCCAGAAGAAAAAGAAAAAUGAAGCUACAAAAGUUAAGAACUUGAAAGUAGGUGCAGGGGUAUGCAGAACAAAGGCCUCCUCUGGCUGCCCAAUGCUUAGAAAACAUAGAGUUCAACAAGAAUUUAGGAAUGAGGUAUCUCAACAAGGGCCAUUGGAUAUUGAAGAUCUUGCUAAUCUUGGAAGAACUAUGGGAGCAUGCCCAUACUAUGGUUCUAGAAGCUUGGUUCAGGGAGCUGAUCUUGUGGUCCUACCAUAUCAAUCUCUUCUGUCUAAAUCAUCUCGUGAAACACUUGGUCUGAAUUUGAAAUCCAAUAUUAUUAUAAUAGAUGAGGCUCAUAAUUUAGCUGAUUCACUCAUCAACAUGUAUGACUCCAAGAUUACUUCAUCACAGUUGGAGACUGUGCACAGACAUGUGGAACGGUACUUUGAGAGAUUCCGGAAUCUUUUGGGACCUGCUAAUCGGAGAUAUAUUCAAACUCUGAUGGUCCUCAUGCGAGCUUUUCUCCGAGCACUACUUGAUGAUAAAGAUGGAAAUCUUAAAGAUUCUUGCCGUGAUACAGCUCAAGCUUCUGAAGAAAGUGGAGCCUGUGAUUUUACUAUGGCCAUCAAUGAUUUUUUAUUUGAACUAAAUAUAGACAAUAUCAACUUGGUCAAACUGUUAAAGUAUAUAAAGGAAAGUAAUAUCAUGCACAAGGUUAACGGUUAUGGAGAAAAGGUGGCUACCUUGGCGAAAAUACCUGCAAUCCAUAUAAUUGGGGAACAAGCAGAGGAGGGAAGCUGCAUAUCUGCUUUCCAAGCCUUAGCUGACAUAUUGCUAUCACUGACAAACAAUGAUGGUGAUGGAAGGAUAAUAAUUUCUAGGUCUAGGUCAACAAGCUUCAAGAAGCAAGGAGGAUAUAUUAAGUAUGUUAUGCUCAGUGGAGAGAAGAUUUUUUCAGAGAUUGUAGACGAAGCACAUGCUGUUGUAUUAGUAGGGGGAACACUUCAACCUAUAGAAGAGACAAGGGAGCGACUCUUUCCGUGGUUACCACCAAAUCAGUUGCAUUUCUUUUCAUGUGGUCAUAUUGUCCCUCCUGAUAGCAUUAUGCCAAUUGCAGUUACACGUGGUCCUACUGGACGCUCCUUUGAUUUUAGCUUCAGCUCCAGGAGCUCACCAGACAUGAUGCGAGAACUUGGUCUUUUGCUAUGUAAUUUGGUGACUGUGGUUCAUGAAGGAAUUGUGGUUUUCUUCCCUUCUUUUGAUUAUGAAAAUAGAGUCUAUGAACAUUGGAAAUCAUCUGGCAUCCUUGAAAGGAUUAUUAAGAGGAAGUGUGUAUUUAGGGAGCCUAGAAAUAACAUGGAUGUUGAAUCUGUUCUCAAGGAAUAUAAAGACACCAUUGAUACAAUAUCAGUUAUGAAUUCAGAAGUAAACCAAGCAUCUCAUAAUGGUGCAAUACUCCUUGCUGUUGUUGGUGCGAAGUUAUCUGAAGGGAUCAACUUAAGUGAUGGGAUGGGCCGAUGUAUAGUCAUGGUUGGACUGCCAUAUCCUAGCCCAUCUGACAUUGAGUUGUUGGAGAGGAUAAAACACAUUGAAGGUUUUCGAAAUUUAAAGCUUCCUGAGAAUCCUAGUGUUUCUUCCAGUUAUGAUCUAUACAGUGGAGAUGUACAAGGUGGUUUUGACAUUUUAAGAAGUUGCAGUCACAGAGGAAAAGAGUACUACGAGAAUCUCUGCAUGAAAGCUGUAAAUCAAUCAAUAGGUAGAGCAAUCCGUCACAUUAAUGACUAUGCUGCAAUUUUGUUGGUUGACACAAGGUAUGCAUCUGAUUCUUCAAAACGAAGCUUUUCCCACCCAGUAACUAAGCUCCCCCAGUGGAUAAAAGAUCGUUUUGUUUCUUCUACCAUUAACUACGGAGAGGUACAUAGGUUGUUGCAUCAGUUUUUCAAACUCAAGAAAACAUGCUGCCAUUAGUCCCUUCAGCAGAUCUUGUAAAAGUCCCAUUAUAUUCAUUUCUAAGACUGCCCUCAUUUGAUUUUUUACUUUUUACUCCACUAAUGCUCUUUAAAAGAAAAAAGGAAAAAAAAAAAAACCAUGAAGUUGAGCAGAGUAGUAAUUCUAGUUGUUUCAUCAGUAAGACAUUUAAGACACUAGAAUGAGUUAGCAAAUCAAAACUUGGUGUUUACAUCA